AAGGAACCAUUUGACAGCAUUAGGGAAACCAGUGGUUAUACCGACAAUAAUGAGAGCAUAUCGUCGACGUGUUCGUCGGCAUCGGCGCCGACAUCACAAGAGGGGAGUCGACAACAACAUCAACGCCGGAAAAUGAGACCAAUGGAAGACGCGAACGAUUCCGUUAUUUUGGACGAAGAGGAGCACCCGUUGCUGUCGGCUAACAACUGCGCCGAGACUGGCGACAAACAGGCCAUCUCUUUCCUCACCGCUCUUAAGAUUCCGGGAGUGAUUGAGUUCUCGUUGUGUCUAUUCUUCGCCAAACUGGUCAGCUAUACGUUCCUCUAUUGGUUACCCAAAUAUAUUGGCCAAUCAACUGAUUCGUCGUCGUCG